UUUCUCUUCCUCCUCUCGGCUCCUGGGCCGGAUCUUCCCCUGCUUUUCUUUUUCUUUUUAUGUUUAUUUAUUUUUCCCAAUUAUUGAUUUCCCCUCUUCUCUCUUCUCUCUUCCCCUCUCACUCUUAGCUCUGCUGUCAAUCAUCUUUGGAUACUUUCGAUCUCUUCUCUGGUUUGCGCGCAAAUCAGCCACUUCUCUCCUAUUUUACUAUCCCCUUUCGGUCCCUGCCUAAUCAUUCGCCUCGAGGAAGAAUAUGUGUAUGUCUCACUUUGUCUUGGUCCACUCCGCUAAAAUGGGUUGCAUCCCCUCUAUCACGCUCCGUUCGUGAGGAAUGGCGGCCCACCGUCUUCCUUCUUUCCCCUCCCAUCACUCGAGAUUUCUACGAUUCUUCCGUUCCCCGUGUGCGAUUCCCUAAUCAGCGCCAAAUAGAGGAUCAGCCCCGCUAUUCCCAUGACAGGACGAACUUUGGUGAUGUCAAACCGGCGGGGUUCCGCCAGGAAACAACUCCCUCUGCGACUGCCCAUCAUUGCCCCCAAAGAUGACAUUCAUGCCUCGAGCUCGGCGCUCUCCAUACCGGCCUUGAUUAAAGCUUCGAUUCCCCGUUCUCGCUUGCGCUUUCCCCCGCGUUCUCGCUCCGGUUGCUGGACAUGUAGAAGUCGGAAAGUCAAAUGUGACGAAACCCACCCCCAGUGCAAUCAAUGCGCACGGCUCGGUCACCUCUGCGACUACCAGCCGCGUCUCUGCUUCCGGGACGAUACCCGUCGAGUGAGGGAACGCAUGUCGGAUAUUGACACUACAGGAAAUGCCGUCUGGGAUUCUCCCUCGUCGAUUGCGCACACGGAUACUUCGGCAGGCACAUUCACGCUAGAUGUGCUGCCCCCUUUUCAAAUGCUCGCGUCAGACGAAGAACGGGAGAAAAAGGCACAGUCGUCGGUUCCCGGAACGUAUCACGUCAUUUGCGUCCCAGCAAGUUUCUCUGAUCUUCCAGAAUACGCCGAGCACGAGCCCGAUGGACCAAAGGAUCUAUCUUCCAGCCCUGAACCCGGAAGCGGCAGCAAUCGUUUGACGGCGAAUGUCUCCGAAGUGAGCGAUCCCAACGUAUUAAUACUCAGAAGCUUUCGAGACGCGAGGGGAAAUCCGUACCUAAGUCCAAGAAACUCGCCCCACUCGCCUAAUUCAGAUCUGAGGGAAUCGUCCUUAUCCUCAGUCUCGGCUUAUACGACGGUUCCGGAUUUGACAGAGGAAGACAGGCCGUGCCCCUUACAACCACAUGAGAUCUUCCUGCUGGACCAUUUCCGCACUGCGGCGUGGAGGAAAAUCAUUCCCUGGGCUGGCAUUUUCGAGAGCCCAAGCGGUUAUGAGAUCAACGCAGAUGUCUUUGAUCAAGAAGCAGCCGAGUUUCCUCCACUUCUCUAUGCCAUGAUGGCGAUAUCUGCACUCAGCCUCUAUCGUCAAGGGGUAGACCAGCAUACAGACCCAUCAUUGUAUUGUCAACAAGCCUUUUCGUCGUUACAGGCCAGCAUGUCAGACGAUAAGAUACUCUUGUCCGAUGGCCCUUUCCUGGCGCAUUUUUUGAUUCUCGUCUUUGAGACUGCCGCCGCGAAAUCCAGCGAUUUGAUCAUUUCGCAGCAUCACAUCUCUCGGAUCCUCCGCUUGGCCCUUCUUCGGCGCUGUACAUUUGGUAGCGAGCGGUUCUCGUCCAUUGUCUGGUGGGUCUGCCACAUUGAUCUAUAUUCUCUCUUGAGCGGCGCGGGAGCAGGCGAGUUUGUCCAGGCAGCGGUUGGGAACGGUCUACUUUCCAGUUCGGAGCAUUCCCACGUCUUUGACGAGUCAGAUAUGUAUGGAUUCCAGGGAGUCCUGCUCCAUUUGUACCAGGAACAUUUUGCUCUGGCUGUGCAGCUUGGGCUCUCAGCCGCCGAACUGAGGCGCCUCCGGUCUCUAUCCCCGAGUCCGCAUGGUGGCCAACGGCUGCAGGAGAUGGAGGAAUUACGUCAAGCACUUCGACAACUGUGGAAUUCUCCCGAAGCGCUUGACCUCGUUCAUAAUCAAGCCACUCUACCCAAGCGAUUGCGAGAAAUAUUUCACCAGAUCUCAAUCGUCUUUCACACGACCAUACUUUUUUCAUAUACUAGUCUCUGGCCGGAACAGGGCAGCGAGCUCAACGGGACCGCCGACCAUGAGAUGCAGCAUCAUGCAACCAUGAUUCUUCGCCUUGUAGAAGCCAUGGCGUCUACGACCGGCGACAGUGACCGGCACCUGCAUAUUUUCCCGAUCUUCCUCGCCGGGGUGGGCGCGCCGUGGGGUGAUCUCAAGAUCCGGGCGUGGGAGUUGCUCUCCAUCUUGGAAGAGGAGGAAAUGGGAUACCGGGCUGCAGCGACCUGUUACAUGCUCCAGCUCGUGUAUGAGCGACAGAUGCAGCAGGCCGAGGAUGGCACUCAAACGUUGGUGGUGGAUUGGAUGGACCUGUUGUCGGGACAGGACACCCAAUCGACACUUUAUGCAUGAUGACAGGAGGCGAGGGAUUGUGACUAGAUCUAGACGACGAUCUAUGUAAUUUCCAGGGUGGGCGGAGAUGGGUUUGUAUGUAUGUAUAUGAUCUAUAUAACGGU